AUGGUAGAGUGUGAAAACACACUGCUCCUGUUUAAGAGCGACCUACACAGUAGCGCUGUAGCCAAACUUAGCGGUUGGGUAAAGGACAUGAUAGCUGUUGUGAUUCUGGUGAUCUUGGAUGCCUUAUUUGUUCUGUGUGAGCUGCUGUUAGACCUGUCUAUAAUCGAAGCCGAUGAGCAUCACAUCGCUCCACAGGAGUUUCACUACCUCAGCUUGGCUCUGCUCACCUUCUUCAUGGUGGAGCUGGGCUUUAAGCUGUACGCUUUUCAGCUGGAGUUUUUCAACCGCAAAUUUGAGGUGUUUGAUGGAAUUGUUGUGAUUCUGUCUUUCAUCAUGAAUAUCGCGUACAUCUUCAAAGAGAACACCUUUGAUGCCAGGGGCUUGCUCAUCCUGCUCAGGCUGUGGAUCAUUAUUGGUAUUCUGUUGUCAGUAAAGAGUCAAGCUGAUCACAAAGUGCACAAACUGAAAGAGGAAAAUGAUCGUCUCCUCCAUCAAAUCAGUGAACUGCAAGAGCACAAAACUGCAAUGGAGCAGGAGGUGAAAGCACUCUUAAAGUACUACAUCAAGCAUUCAUAA